AUCCAAGUCGCAUUCGGAGGUACAGCAGAGCGUGCGCGUAUUCCCAGUGUGACGCGAGAAACGACCAAUCAAACGACGGAAGCUUGAGAGUGUGAAAUUCGCUUUUCGGUGGGGCCGUCAGGCUUAGAAUAGGGGUUUAGAAGAAGGAUCUCGAUCCGCGUUUUUCCGGUGUGAGCGGUGUGAUUUACAAGAUGAGCGCGGAAAUUGUGGCCGAGCGGGGCAGCAGCCUGGUGUCGCUGGCCGUGCCGAUGGUCAUUUUUAUGACCCUGGUCCUGGUGGCCAGUGCAUUGUUCCAUUUCUGGAUGAUAUCCCGGCGGUACGUUCAACUGGGGAACAAGAUUCCCGGACCGAGGGCCUAUCCGUUCAUUGGCAAUGCCAAUAUGCUGCUGGGGAUGAACCACAAUGAGAUCAUGGAGCGGGCGAUGCAGUUGAGUUAUAUCUAUGGAAGUGUGGCUCGGGGCUGGCUCGGGUAUCAUUUGGUGGUGUUUUUGACCGAGCCAGCGGACAUUGAGAUCAUCCUGAACAGUUAUGUGCACCUGACAAAGUCCAGCGAGUACAGGUUUUUCAAGCCAUGGCUUGGGGAUGGGCUGUUGAUCAGCAGUGGCGAGAAGUGGCGAUCGCAUCGGAAACUGAUCGCUCCGGCGUUUCACAUGAACGUCUUGAAGACGUUCGUGGAUGUGUUCAACGAUAACAGUUUGGCCGUAGUGGAACGGAUGCGAAAGGAGGUGGGGAAGGAGUUCGACGUGCACGACUAUAUGAGUGAAGUUACGGUGGAUAUUCUGCUGGAGACGGCCAUGGGCUCGCAGAGGACGAGCGAGAGCAAGGAGGGAUUCGACUAUGCGAUGGCUGUGAUGAAAAUGUGUGACAUCCUGCACUCCCGCCAGUUGAAAUUCCACCUCCGGAUGGACUCCGUCUUCAACUUCACCAAAAUCAAGCAGGAACAGGAACGCCUGCUCGGUAUCAUCCACGGCCUCACCCGGAAGGUCGUCAAGCAGAAGAAGGAACUCUUCGAGAAGAACUUUGCCGACGGAAAGCUGCCUUCGCCGUCCCUCUCAGAAAUCAUUGCCAAGGAAGAGUCCGAAUCCAAGGAAUCGCUUCCGGUCAUCUCGCAGGGUUCGCUCCUCAGGGACGAUCUGGAUUUCAACGAUGAAAACGACAUCGGCGAGAAGCGAAGGCUUGCGUUCCUGGACCUGAUGAUCGAAACGGCCAAGAGCGGUGCCGAUCUGACCGAUGAAGAGAUCAAGGAAGAAGUCGACACUAUCAUGUUUGAAGGACACGACACCACUGCGGCCGGAUCUAGCUUUGUUCUGUGCCUUCUCGGCAUUCAUCAGGACGUUCAGGAUCGAGUAUACAAAGAAAUCUACCAGAUCUUCGGCAACUCCAAGCGGAAAGCUACAUUCAACGAUACCUUGGAGAUGAAAUACCUGGAACGAGUGAUCUUUGAAACCUUGAGAAUGUAUCCACCGGUUCCGGUGAUUGCCCGCAAAGUGACCCAAGAUGUCCGUCUGGCAUCCCACGACUACGUGGUUCCAGCCGGAACCACGGUCGUCAUCGGAACUUACAAAGUGCACCGACGGGCGGACAUCUACCCUAAUCCAGAUGUGUUCAACCCGGACAAUUUCCUACCGGAACGCACACAGAAUCGCCACUACUACAGCUACAUCCCAUUCAGCGCCGGACCGCGAAGUUGCGUCGGUAGAAAAUAUGCCAUGCUGAAACUGAAGGUCCUUCUGUCAACCAUUCUGCGCAACUACAGGGUCGUGUCCAAUCUCAAGGAAUCGGACUUUAAGCUACAAGGCGACAUUAUCCUGAAACGGACCGAUGGCUUCAGAAUACAGCUGGAACCGAGAGUCUAAUCAAUUAUGACCACGAACUGAGCCAUGCAGGGAGCCCUCGGGCUGAUAAGAUGUCGCGACAUUGCCGAUGGACACCGAAUGGACGAUAGAUUAAAUAGAACUCGUUGUAUAGCCUUUUUAUGAUACUGUUAAUUGAAUUGUUCGGUUCCCGAUUGCCAGGUCGAGCCGAUUGUUGUUGCUUUUGCUUUUGCUUGAUGCUUUUGUUUUUCGCUUCAUCCCAGAACGUUAUUUAUUUGCUACUUCGCUUUCGCUUUCUGUCCCCUUUCGAGCAUAAAUGGGAGAUAAUAAAACCUUCUCCGCUUAGA